AUGACUGCCCUUGGAGCUCAGAGCUUGAGUUCCGAUUUGUCGCGUAACGCGGACUCCGAGUCGCCUGAGUCCGGAGCCUGCAGCGAAGAUCGCUUAGAUGGCGACAAAAUACUCCGAGGAUCUCGGGCCGGCUUGCUCAGUCGAGCUGAUGCCUUGCUGCCAGAAUUGGCUGACUUUCUGCUGACCGGUCUUUUGGCCGAUCUGAUCUACGGCGCCGCCGCCAGCGCAGACCUGAGUCAAGCGAUUGGCCGAGGCGAGGCUGGAAAAUGUGUGCAAAGUGGAGGUGGCUUCUGCAAUUUCAUCCUCGACAGUCUCCUGCCAGCCUCGGUCUCGUCUGAAUUGCCGUUGAUGCUAAGUCAGAUACGCUGUCCCCUUCUUCAACCGGCACUGGACGCCGGCCGAGAACCCAACCUCCACCUGGAACAGAUUGACGAUCCAGUUCCAUACUGGACCCAGAUUGCAGGACAGUCGCUUCGCCCCGACGGGGCAGACGACUCGAGCCUGGAAGCAAGUGAAGAACCUUCCCCACCAGCUGGCACUCGAGCUUGCGAACUCGCCGAAUCGAGGGACCAGCAGGAUACGAUGUGGAACGGUGGUAUGAGAAUGUCGCCGGCUGCCAGCAUUGGUCCCACUCCCCAGGAAAAGAGAAGGCAAUACGCGUCUCAUCAAACGACCCCACUCGAGUGUGUCUGA